AUGGGUGUAUUAUUUAUUAUGAAAAUUGAUCCUAGUAGAGUGUCCACUUCUAGUACACCCUAUGCUAUUAUAGAUGGUCUUAGUGCUCUACCACAGGAAAAAGAAAUACUUUUCUCAAUGCAUACGGUGUUCAAUGUUGUCGAUGUUAAACAAGCAACAGCAAAUAAUCAAAUAUGGGAAGUGCAGUUGACUCUCACUAACGAUACUGAUCCACAGCUGGCCAGUCUUACACGUCAAAUGCGUGAAGAAACACAAGGAUCUACUGCAUGGCGUCGGAUGGCUAUGUUAAUGUACAAAUUAGGUGACUUUAGUCAGGCCGAGGAGCUUUAUACAGAAUUACUGGAGACUUGUUGCUGUAAUAUUGAAACAGCACUUAUCUAUCACAAUCUUGGAUCCAUGAAAGAUGCACAAGGUAACUAUGCAGAAGCCAUAAAAUAUUAUGAGAAAUCUCUUGGCAUUAAGCAAAAAACUAUGCCACAAGGUCAUACUUCAUUCGCUAAUACUUAUCAGCAACUUGGUAAUGCUUAUCAGAAUAUGGGAGAUUACUCGAAAGCACUUCAUUUUUUAUUUAAUGAACCAUUUAAGGAAUAUUAA